AUGGAUUCACUAUUAUGUCCUGAGGCGGGUGGCGUUCGCUUUGUCGGAAUAUGGGGUAUGCCCGGUAUAGGCAAAACCACCAUCACCAGAGCUAUGUAUGACAAAAUUAAUCAUCAUCACUUCGAAGGUCGUUACUUUCUUGAAAAUGUCAAAGGACAUUUUCCGUCAACUGAUGCUGGUGAAGCAUCACUAGACAUGCAGGCAGAAAUUCUAUCUCACUUGGCAGUGACCGUCUCUUUAUGGAAAAGAUGCCCUCCUGAGAUGCUCUCCUUCACCGAGGCAACUCUUCCUUUCGGAUCAUUUUCCAGAGAGAACCGUGAAGGAGUUCAGUCGUUGAGCAUCCAUCUAAUCCAACGUCAUUUUGAAAGUCGAUCUUGUUCUUCUCAAUGGCUGAUUCUUCGUUCUUCUUCAUCUGUUCUCGAUUGGAAAUAUGAUGUCUUCCUCAAUUUUAGAGGCGAAGACACUCGGAAGACCUUCAUCGGCCAUCUGUACAAAGCUCUAGUUCACAACUCAGUCAACACCUUCGUUGACGCUGAAGAGCUCAGAACAGGCAACGACCUUUCGCAGCUACUGAAAGCUAUUAGCGAGUCAAGGCUUUCGAUUGUUGUUUUUUCUCAAAACUACGCUUCUUCCACAUGGUGCUUGAAAGAACUCGUCCAGAUCCUGCAUUGCAUGGAUCAGAAGCAGCAGAUUGUGAUCCCCGUUUUCUAUGAAGUAGAUCCUUCUCAUGUUCGUAAACUCGAGGGAAGUUUUGGGGAAGCUUUUUCUAAGCACGAACAUGAUCCUAACGCUGACAUGGAAGAGGUUCAGCACUGGAGGUCCGCUCUACAAAGAGCUCCCAAUUUAUCAGGCUGGGAUUCACGAAAUUACCAGUAUGAUGCCAAGCUUAUUGAGUUGAUUGUAGAUGAUAUUUUUGAUAAAUUGAUCAACAACUCAUCAAGUGAAAAGAACGGUUUGGUUGGAAUGGAUUCCCGCUUACAGAAAAUGGAUUCACUAUUAUGUCAUGAGGUGGAUGAUGUUCGCUUUGUUGGAAUAUGGGGUAUGGGUGGUAUAGGCAAAACCACUAUCGCCAGAGCUAUCUAUGACAAAAUCAAUCAUCAUUUCGAAGGUCGUUGCUUUCUUGAAAAUGUAAAGGGACGUUUCCCAACGAUUGAUGCAGGUGAAGCACCAUUAGAUAUGCAGGCGGAAAUUCUGUCUAGCAUCACGAAUGCUAAGGUGGGGAGUUCAGAGAUUUUGAGAAAUGGUUUUCAUAAGAUGGUGGAAAGAGUUGGUAAGAAAAAGGUUUUCCUUGUUCUUGAUAAUGUGGAGAAUCCAUUCCAAAUUGAAGCUUUAAUUGGACGACAACCUCCAUUUGGUGGCGGAAGUCGAAUCAUUAUAACAACUAGAGAUAAACAGUCACUAAGUAGAUUUGGUGAUCAGAUUUAUAAGCCAGAGUUGUUAAAUGACGAUGAUGCUCUUGAACUGUUUAUGCAGUAUGCUUUCAGUACAAAGCAACCCACAGGAGAAUACAGUGAUAUGUCAAGUCAUUUCAUAAAGUAUGCUCAAGGUCUGCCCUUAGCACUUAAAGUCUUGGGAGCUUUUCUCGAUAACAAAAGUGUACUAGUGUGGAAAGACGAGUUAGAGAAGAUAGCGACAAACCCGCACCUGGGAAUUCAAAAAGUCCUUCGAACAAGCUUUGAUGGACUAGAUCGUUUACAGAAGAAAAUAUUUCUUGAUAUUGCAUGUUUCUUUAAACAAAUGAAGAAAGACUAUGCAAUAAGGAUUAUGGAGGGUUGUGGCUUCCAUCCCCAUACUGGACUAGACGUUCUAGUUGGUAGAGCUCUUGUAACUAUCUCAUCCGACGGUAUAAUCGAGAUGCAUGAUUUACUAGAGGAAAUGGGUUACGAAAUCGUACGUCAGGAAUCCAUAGAAGAACCAGGGAGGCGUAGUAGGUUGUGGAGCUAUGAAGACGUUCAUCAUGUGUUAACUCAAAAUACGGCUUCAGAAGCAGUUGAAAGCAUUAUUGUGCAUUGGCCGCACUCAAACGAAGUGUUACAAUUAGAUGCAGCUUUUGCUAAAAUGACGGAACUAAGACUCCUUAGAGUCCACUCACACUAUAUACGAAAAUAUGGAGGUCACAAGUCAUUCGACUAUGAUCAAAGAGAAUGUGAAGAGUUAAAGUGUCUUUCUGGAAAGUUAAGUUGUCUCUUCUGGCCCAAUUGCCCCUUCAAAACUUUGUCGUCCAAGUUUAACCCGGAAAAUCUUGUUGACCUUGACAUGCAAUAUAGUCGUCUUCAACAUCUUUGGGAAGGAACUAAGUCUUUAGCAAAGUUGAAAGUUGUCAAUUUAAAAGGCUCUCAACUUAAGGAAACUCCUGACUUCACCAAGGCGAAGAAUCUUGAGAAACUAAUUUUUGAGGGUUGCAGUUGUUUAUCUGAGGUUCACCCAUCCAUUUCUGCCCUUGAAAAACUUGUUCUCUUGGAUCUAAGUUGGUGUGUCAAGCUCAAGGCCAUUUCAAGCAUCAAUCAUAUGAAAUCGCUUGAAACCUUGAAUCUUUCUUUUUGCCGAGACAUUAACAUAUUCCCUGAGAUUUCAGAAGUUAUGGAGAAGCUUUCGGGACUUUAUUUGCGAGGGACUAGCAUAAAAGAACUGCCUCGAUCAAUUAACAAUCUUGCGGGGCUUCUUACUUUGAAUCUUGAAUAUUGCAGAGAACUCAAGAUUCUUCCAAACAGCAUCGUUCAACUCAAGUCCCUUAAAUUUCUUAAUCUUUCUGGUUGUUCAAAGCUUGAGACCUUUCCGGAAAAUGUAGGAAAUAUGGAAGGAUUAAGAGAGCUUCGCUUGGAUGAGACAUCUGUUAGAGAGCUUUGCCCGUCGAUUUGGUCUCUUGAAAACCUUGAGAGUUUGAGUCUAGAACAGUGCACAAAACUUCAUAGUCUUCCAAUCAGCAUUCAUAUGAGAUCUCUUCGAAUCCUUAAUCUUUCGGGAUGCAAAAAUCUGGAAAAGUUUCCAGAAAUUCCUGAAGUUAUGGAGAACCUAUUGGAGCUAUAUUUAGAUGGGACUGCAAUUAAAGAGCUACCCUCGUCCAUCAACAAUCUAACAAGGCUUGUUACUUUGAACCUGAAGGACUGUAGAGAACUUAGGGUUCUUCCAAGCAACUUUCAUAUAAGAUCUCUCCAAACACUUAAGCUAUCUGGCUGCUCAAAUCUGGAGCAGUUUUCAGAAAAUUUUGAAGUUAUGAAGAACCUAUCAGAGCUUCACUUGGAUUGGACUGCAAUUAAAGAUAAGAAGAAUCCAUCAAGGUUUCAUUUAGAAGGGAUUAAAGUUAUAGAAUUGCCCUUGUUUGUGUAUACUCUUAGGGGGCUUGUUACCUUGACGUUGCGGUAUAGCAAAGACUUCAAGCGCCUUACAAGCAGCAUUUGCCAACUCAAGUCCCUAAACUAUCUUUCUCUGUCUGGUUGUACAAAGUUUGAGGUGUUUCCAGACCUUUUGGAAAACAUGGAACGAUUGGCCAGCCUUGAUUUGGAUGAAACAUCUAUCAGAGAGCUUCCCCCAUCAAUUGAACGGCUUCAGGGGCUUGUGUCAUUAAAUUUGAAAAACUGCACAAGCCUUGUCUCUCUUCCGGACAAUAUCUGUAAUUUGGCAAGUCUCGAAUGGCUGACUCUCAACGGGUGCUCAAAACUUUCUAAGUUGCCUAAGGACUUGUGGUAUUUGAAGCGCCUUGACAUAAGGGGAGCUGGUAUACGUAAAGAUAACAAUCAUGGACCAACAGGCUAUUACCUCCCAAAACAGGGGUUUUUUAGCACUUUGGGGGAUUUGGCUCAGUUUCGAAGCACUGCACCUUUGAUUGAUAUUAUGGGCUCAAACUAUGAGCAAAAAGAGGCGAUGGCUGAUGAGGAAUCCUUUCUCACCUGGGUCGAUGAUUCAGAAAUUCUGAUGAAUCGUGAGGAGUCAAGCCUAUAGAGAGAGAAUGUUGCAAGAUUUGGAGUCUGAUGAGGAUUUGGAGUUCCUAGAGGAAAAUGCUAUACAUCAAGAUAACAAUCAUGGACCAAAAAGUGCACCCUUGCUUGAUAUGGACUCAAGCUACGAUGAGAAUGUGUUGGUGGCUGAUGAGGCAAUUUUGAGUGAUCUAGGAUACAUCGAGACAUGAAGAAGAGAACGAGGACAAUGAGGAGAAGGCCGUGGCAGCCUCCAGGAGAGGAAGCAGGAUAUGGGGUUGCAUCUGUGGGUCACAGGUUAAAGGGGAUUAAGGUAUUUGGCGCAUCAUCACUGAUAUAAUGGUAAGACUUGGGACAUGGGAGGAGGAAGAAAUGGUGAUUUUCUUUUGUGGAGUUUGCGACUCUUUCGAGUUUUGAGUUGGUUUCUGUAUUCUGACAGCUCUUCUAUUUAGUUAUGUGCUGUAUGUGGUCAGUAUUUACUUAUUUGUAUGUAUUGAAAAGUUUUUUUCUUUCUUUUUGAUAUGGUAUGUAUUACGAAGUUGGCACCUGUUCAACUGAUUAUGACUUGUAUUAUUUGUCUGUUGAGUUAACUAUAAUUUUAUCAAUUUGUGUUCUUUCUGGAAA